AUGACCAAGUUUUUUCGCUUAACCUUUAUCGCUCUCGCCGUUAUUGCACUUGCAAAUGCUAUUGUAUCGAUGCCGCUCCCGUUCAGCGAAAGCAAUUUGAGCAAAAAAUGGCUCCCUGGUGACCGUGUCAUAGCGGAUUGCCAUAGACGGAGGCAAUGCGUUCCUUAUCUUGGUCAUCAUGGUACUCCCCCAAAAGGUCCAACCAACAUCCAACCAAAGACUGACUGA